UUUCUCCCAAUUCCAGCAGGGCGUGAAUGUACGCGCCAGAGUGGCACGGGCUUAGUUCAAAACUGAAAACUGCACUCCUCGGUUCAAUUCAAAUGAAAUGAAAUGAAAUCACAUCAAACUUCAUUCAUUCUGCUGCAAUGGAGCUCACCGAAGAACAACAACGGCAAGUUGAAGCGAACCGUGCAGCGGCGAUCGCAAAACGCAAAGCGUUCUUAGAAUCCAGAGCGCAACGAGAAGAACAAUCUCAUGGUGAAGGAGAAAAGACUACGAACCCCAACCCAUGGCACCUUUUCAAGUGCCAAAAGUUCCCUAAACCUCAACCCCCGAAGUUCCUCGCCAGACUCGAAAUAUGCUCCGCCGAUUCCUUCUCCAUCACACCCAUUCAGCUUCCUCCGUUCCCCUUCCCCGGUCACCAGCAUUGCCUCUCCACUCUAAACUCCAUUCUCUCACAUGUGAUGCUUUCGCACUUCACGCAGACCACCGGAGGGGUGGAGGUAUGCGUGUUCAAGCUCACGGAGUACCACGCUGUGGUCAGACAGUUGAAGGUGGAGGUGGAGGCGCUUCAGGUGGAGGAGAUCCCCUGGGCGACGUUCAACGUGGUGGAGCGUCUCUCGCUUUCGGUAGCUGCUGGGCGGUGGACGCCGGUGCGGCCGGAGCACUUGGCCGACGAGGAGGUAGAGCGCCUGAUCGCGAAACUCCCAAGGUCUCUCCUGGACGUAUUGCUCCCUUUCCAGCAUGACGGACUGCGGUUCGCGUUGAGAAGAGGCGCUCGGUGUCUCAUUGCCGAUGAUAUGGGCCUCGGGAAAACACUCCAGGCUAUUGCUAUUGCGGGGUGUUUUCUGGAUGAAGGUUCCAUACUCGUGGUUUGUCCUGCUGUGUUGCGGUUCACGUGGGCGGAGGAAUUGGAGCGCUGGCUUCCUUUCUGUUUGCCGGCUGAUAUACAUCUCGUUUUUGGCCAUCAAGACAACCCUAUAUAUUUAACAAGAAAACCUAGAGUUGUGGUUAUUUCUUAUACCAUGCUUCAUCGUCUAAGAAAGAACAUGCUUGAACUUCAAUGGGCUCUUUUGAUUGUUGAUGAAUCACAUCAUGUGCGAUGUACGAAGAAAACAGAACCAGGCGAGAUACAGGCUGUUCUUGAUGUGGCUUCAAAAGUCCAUCGUAUAAUUCUGCUAUCAGGGACACCUUCUCUGUCAAGACCGUACGACAUAUAUAACCAGAUAAAUAUGCUAUGGCCUGGUUUGCUGGGGAAGACUAAAUACGAAUUUGCAAAAACUUAUUGCGAUUUAAAAUAUAUCAAAGGAAAUCAAGGAAAAUAUUUUGCGGAUUAUUCAAAGGGUGUGCGCUUGGAAGAGUUAAAUGUGUUACUGAAGCAAACUGUUAUGGUAGGAUCUCCUCCCAUAUUAAUCAUCUAA